GGGACACCCCGAGGCAUCCUCCCCCUCCCGCCGCCGCGGGAGCCUCGGCUGCCGUCCUCCCUCCCGCAUCCCCUCACAGUCCGCACCGCCACACCUCCUCCCUGUGCUCGGACCCCCGGCCUCGCCCCCGAAACAUGACUCGCGAUUUCAAACCUGGGGACCUCAUCUUCGCCAAAAUGAAAGGUUAUCCUCAUUGGCCAGCUCGAGUAGAUGAAGUUCCUGAUGGAGCUGUAAAACCACCCACAAACAAACUACCCAUUUUCUUUUUUGGAACUCAUGAGACUGCUUUUUUAGGCCCAAAGGACAUAUUUCCUUACUCAGAAAAUAAGGAAAAGUACGGCAAACCAAAUAAACGAAAAGGCUUUAAUGAAGGUUUAUGGGAGAUAGAUAACAAUCCGAAAGUGAAAUUUUCAAGUCAACAGGCAUCAACUAAACAAUCAAAUGCGUCAUCUGAUGUUGAAGUUGAAGAAAAAGAAACUAGUGUUUCAAAGGAAGAUACUGACCAUGAAGAAAAAGCCAGCAACGAGGAUGUGACUAAAGCAGUUGACAUAACCACUCCAAAAGCUGCCAGAAGAGGGAGAAAGAGAAAGGCAGAAAAACAAGUAGAAACCGAGGAGGCAGGAGUAGUGACUACAGCAACAGCAUCUGUUAAUCUAAAAGUGAGUCCUAAAAGAGGACGACCUGCAGCUACAGAAGUCAAGAUUCCAAAACCAAGAGGCAGACCCAAAAUGGUAAAACAGCCCUGUCCUUCGGAGAGUGACAUGGUAACUGAAGAAGACAAAAGUAAGAAAAAAGGGCAAGAGGAAAAACAACCUAAAAAGCAGCUUAAAAAGGAUGAAGAGGGCCAGAAGGAAGAAGAUAAGCCAAGAAAAGAGCCAGAUAAAAAAGAGGGGAAAAAAGAAGUUGAAUCAAAAAGGAAAAAUUUAGCUAAAACAGGGCUUACAUCAACCUCUGAUUCUGAAGAGGAAGGAGAUGAUCAAGAAGGUGAAAAGAAGAGAAAAGGUGGAAGAAACUUUCAGACUGCUCAUAGAAGGAAUAUGCUGAAAGGCCAACAUGAGAAAGAAGCAGCAGAUAGAAAACGCAAGCAAGAGGAACAAAUGGAAACUGAGCAGCAGAAUAAAGAUGAAGGAAAGAAGCCAGAAGUUAAGAAAGUGGAGAAGAAGCGAGAAACAUCAAUGGAUUCUCGACUUCAAAGGAUACAUGCUGAAAUUAAAAAUUCACUCAAAAUUGAUAAUCUUGAUGUGAACAGAUGUAUUGAGGCCUUGGAUGAACUUGCUUCACUUCAGGUCACAAUGCAGCAAGCUCAAAAACACACAGAGAUGAUUACAACACUGAAAAAAAUACGGCAAUUCAAAGUUAGUCAGGUUAUCAUGGAAAAGUCUACAAUGUUGUAUAACAAGUUUAAGAACAUGUUUUUGGUUGGUGAAGGAGAUUCUGUGAUCACACAAGUGCUGAAUAAAUCUCUUGCCGAACAAAGGCAGCAUGAGGAAGCAAAUAAAACCAAAGAUCAAGGGAAGAAAGGGCCAAACAAAAAGCUAGAAAAGGAACAAACAGGUUCAAAGACUCUAAAUGGAGGAUCGGAUGCUCAAGACAGUAAUCAACCACAACAUAAUGGAGACAGCAAUGAAGAAAGCAAAGACCACCAUGAGGCCAGCAUUAAGAAAAAGCCAUCCAGUGAAGAGAGAGAGACUGAAAUAUCUCUGAAGGAUUCUACACUAGAUAACUAGGUUGACAUACCUGGAAUAUAAAGAACAUUUGAGAAGUUUGUAAUGGUUUUCAUUCGAAAUAUUUAGACUGCUGAAAGUUUUAAAUUUUUAUAAGCAUAGGUUUUGAGGUUUAAAACUUGCUUUGAGGGAGAAAUCUCCUUACCUUUGUUUAAAAGUGACUAAACAUUGCUAAUUGUACUUGUGCAGUAUUAACAGCUACAUUAUACAGUAAAUGUGAGGGAAAGUCCAUUUUAGGAAACGUUAAACUGCUUUUCCAGACAUUGGUUGUAGUAUAUUUUCAAUUAGUGUGUGUAUGUUAAUGUGUAAUUGAUAGUAGAAAAAGGUUACAUUUUUAAAACUGCUACUUGUAUAAACCUUUCCUCUUUUCCCAAAUACUGUGGGUUUUGUGCAUAGUUUUUACAAAUCUUGGAUUUACCAGACUGUCUUUUCAUUGUUUGUGGGUUUUGUAGAAGUUAAUCAAUCAUUUUUACAGUAGAUAAAAUGUUACUUCUAUACAAGUAUUCACUCCCUCCCUUCUUUUAUCAAAAGUUAAUUUUAAUCUCAGUCUACAUUGUGCUACAUUAUCCUGCUGCUUUGUAACAAUGUGUGGUCUGUAUGCCUUUUUGUAUGACAACUAGAUAUCCAACUGACGUUGAACUUGUUCUACGGGGUACAAAACUCAUGUUAACUUUUGAAGGUAAUUUAGUUUUGUGGCUGGGAAUUCAGUGAAGUCACAUGAGUUUCCUGCAGCGAGCAGGAGUAUAUAUAGGAAUGAAUCUGGCUUUAGGGUUCAACCAUCUAAGAUCCUUUACAGGCACUAGUAGCUGAAACUGAAAACUAAAUGAUAAAAGUUUAUUUUUGAGAAAUGUCUCGAGUUUCUGAAUUUUUUUAAAAGUCACACAUUAAAGAAGUCACUAAGUAUUUUUUUAAUUGGAAAAAAUGCAAUCCAUAAUGCUUUUGCAGUAAAUAAAAGUAAAUACUAUAUAAGGAAACUAACCUAUUUGAAAACAUGGGUAUACCAGAAGGGAAUUUUUAUUUCUACGUCAUACAUGUGACAGGAUUGCAAAAAGUGGAAACA